UUGACUUAUUAAGAUCAGUUAAUGAUCACAAUGGCUUCUUCGUUCUUCGCGUCGUUUGCUCCUAUUGCCUUGGUGUUCUUUCUCUUGCUGGGGAACUCCUCAGCUCAGCUUACUACGAACUUCUACUCAACUUCAUGCCCCAAUCUCCUCUCCACAAUUAAGCCGGUAGUUCAAUCAGCUAUCUCAAAUGAGACGCGAAUGGGCGCCUCACUCCUUCGUCUCUUCUUUCAUGAUUGCUUCGUUAAUGGUUGCGAUGGAUCGUUGCUCUUAGACGAUACUGCAAACUUUACAGGGGAGAAAACCGCAAAUCCAAACAGUAACUCAGUCAGAGGAUUUGAUGUGAUCGACAAUAUCAAAACCGCAGUGGAGAAUGCAUGUCCUGGUGCAGUCUCUUGUGCCGAUAUCCUGGCAGUGACUGCUAGAGACUCUGUGGUCAUUCUUGGAGGGCCAACUUGGAAUGUGAAAUUGGGAAGAAGGGAUUCAAAGACUGCAAGCUUAAGUGGAGCUAACAAUAAUAUUCCUGCUCCAUCUCUAAGUCUUAGUAAUCUCAUCUCUAAGUUUUCAGCUCAGGGUCUCUCAACUAAGGACAUGGUUGCACUUUCAGGUGCGCACACAAUAGGCCAAGCCAGGUGCACAAGCUUCAGAGCCCACAUCUACAACGACACCGACAUCGACUCCUCCUUCGCCAACUCCCUCCAGUCCAACUGCCCCGCCACCUCCCCAUCCGGCGACAACAACCUCGCCCCCCUCGACCUCCAGACCCCGACGACCUUCGACAACAACUACUUCAAGAACCUCGUCAACAAAAAGGGGCUCCUCCACUCCGACCAAGAACUCUUUAACAAUGGCUCGACGAGCUCUCAAGUUACUACUUAUAGUAACAAUCCGAGUACCUUUAACUCGGAUUUUGUUACAGCUAUGAUCAAUAUGGGAGAUAUUAGUCCACUUACAGGGUCGAGUGGAGAGGUUAGGAAGAAUUGUAGGAAGACUAAUUAAAUAGUUGUGUGAGUUUGAUUAAAUGUUGCAAGUGUACUUAGUGAUUGUGAGAUUUUCUUCCUAGUCUUCUUCUUCUUCCUCUUGUUUCUUUCCUUUUAUUUUUUGGGUGCAAUCUUGCUCAUCUGCAACAAGGGAGGUCUUAAUGUUGGGAUGAUGUGUUAAGAUUUGGUGCUGGUUUGCGACUGAAUUGAAAAGAAUGAAAAUGCGAUGAUUUUGA